UGUCUGUGUGUGAGGUUGAUGUGUAUAAAAGCUGUGGUACUGCUCGCUAACACACAUUUCCUCAGACUGAGCCAGGACCAGCAGGAAGGAUGCGUGUGGACCUGGUGUGGCUGACGGCUGCGCUUCUCUCGUCCCCCCUGCUCACACUAUGUGUCCCACUCAACGUCUUGGUGGCCCCGAACCUGCUGCGGGUGGGGACCCCUGAGAAAGUGUUUGUGGAGGCACAGGAUUAUAGUGGAAAUGACCUCCAAGUGAAGAUCAGCGUGAGGAACCACCCACAGAAAACUUCAGAACUGACGUCUGAAUCCGUCGUCCUCACCGCUGCUAACAACUACCAGGCUGUUGUAAACAUAAAGAUUCCUGACAAUAAAAACUUCUUUAGUGAUGACCCACUGGAGAAGCAGUAUGUGUACCUACAGGCUCAUUUUCCUUCCAGCGUGCUCGAGAAAGUGGCCCUACUCUCCUUCCAGUCUGGCUACAUAUUCGUUCAGACAGACAAGAGCAUCUACACACCUGGAACACCAGUUCGUUACAGAAUCUUCUCGCUGACUCCUGAUCUGCAGCCCAUUGACCAGACUGGAGGAAUCUAUGUGGAAAUCAUAAAUCCUCAAGCAAUCACAAUUAGCAGGGAAACACUCUUCCCCAAGCAAGGGACCAUAAAAGGGGAAUACACCAUCCCUGAAGUUGCCAAACCUGGAAUAUGGUCUGUAGUGACACGGUAUAAAAACACCCCACAGAAGAACUUCACUGCUGAAUUCGAAGUUAAAGAAUAUGUGCUACCGAGCUUUGAGGUAGCGUUAAAACCAUCCAAGUCAUUUUUCUACGUGGAUGAUGAAGAACUUCAAGUGGACAUAAGUGCCAAGUACCUGUUUGGAAAAAAUGUGGACGGCGUUGCGUUUGUGGUGUUCGGCGUUACGAGGGAUGACACCAAGACCACUCUGACUGCCUCUUUAAAAAGAGAACCAAUCAUUAAUGGAGAGGGACGUGCAGUGCUCACUAGAGAGAUGAUCCAGCAUUCCUUUCCAAAUAUUGCUGACCUGGUUGGAAGCUCUUUGUACAUUUCAGUCAGUGUUUUAACAGAGACCGGUAGUGAAAUGGUGGAAGCAGAGCGAAGAGGCAUUCAAAUUGUGACAUCACCCUACACCAUUCACUUCAAGAGAACCCCACAAUUCUUCAAACCUGGAAUGUCAUUCGAUGUCACGGUUUAUGUGACCAAUCCAGACCAGUCGCCUGCUGAAAAUGUGGAUGUGCUGGUCAAGCCUGGUGAUGUGAAGGGUCGAACUAAGAGUAAUGGCAUGGCCAAGGUCAUCGUGAACAGCCAGGGAGGAGCGUCGACUCUAGAAAUCACUGCAAAAACUGCAGCCCGAGACAUAUCAGAUAAAAGACAAGCUGAGAACAAGAUGACUGCCCAAGCUUACACCACAAAAGGAGGCUCCUCCAAUUACCUUCAUAUAAGUGUAGACGCUGCAGAACUGGAAAUCGGUGAUCAGAUAAACAUCGAUCUAAACUUCGGACAAAGCCGUGUCAUAAAUCAAGACUUCACUUACUUGAUCCUUAGUAAAGGACAGAUUGUGGAAGGGAAGAGGUUUAAGAGACAAGGGCAGUCGCUGGUGACUCUGUCUCUACCCGUCACCAAAGACCUGGUUCCCUCAUUUCGAGUGGUGGCGUAUUACCACAUAGGAUCCUCUGAGGUUGUGUCGGACUCGAUCUGGGUCGACGUGAAGGACACAUGCAUGGGAACGCUCAAAUUGGAUGUAAAGGAGAGUUUAAAUGUCAAGAAGGUAUUUGAGCCUGGUGAUGAGUUUCAUCUCAUAGUUACUGGAGAUCCAACUGCCAAGGUUGGUCUGGUAGCUGUGGAUAAGGCUGUCUUUGUCCUCAACAAGAACAGACUCACACAGACCAAAGUCUGGGACAUUAUUGAGAAGCAUGACACUGGCUGUACAGCAGGCAGUGGUAAAGACAGUAUGGGGGUUUUCUAUGAUGCAGGUCUGCUGUUUCAGUCUGAUACAGCAGGAGGCACUGAUGACAGAAUAGCUCCUGACUGUCCCACCCCAGCAAAGAGAAAACGGAGAGCUGAGACUCUUCUACAGAUCACCCAAAAGCUGUUUGGUAAAUAUAGUGGUGACCAGAAGAAAUGCUGUGCAGAUGGACUGAGGCAGAACAGACUGGGCUACACAUGUGAACGGAGAGCUACAUUCAUUACGGAUGGUACAGAGUGUGUCCAGGCCUUCGUGGACUGUUGUAAGGAGAUCCAAAAACGCAAGGAUGAGCAGAGAGACUUGUUACAUCUAGCUCGCAGUGAUGAUGAUGAUGAUGACUACAUAAGUUCUGAUGAAAUUGUCACCCGGACACAGUUCCCUGAGAGCUGGCUGUGGGAGGACAUAGACCUGCCACCCUGUAAAGGAAACACACAAUGUGAUACAACAAGUCGCACCUUGGACAAAAACUAUCUAAAAGACUCUAUUACUACCUGGCAGGUCCUAGCCAUCAGCCUCUCUAAAACCCAUGGCAUCUGUGUGGCUGAUCCCUAUGAAAUUACAGUGGCAAAAGACUUCUUUGUGGAUCUCAAGUUACCUUACUCAGCAGUACGCAAUGAACAACUGGAAAUCAAGGCUAUUCUGCAUAACUUCUCCAAUAAGAAACAGAAGGUGCGUGUGGAAUUCUUUGAGACAGAGCAUAUUUGCAGUGCAGCCAGCAAAAAGAACAAAUACCGUACCGUAGUUAACAUUGAUGCCAAGUCCACCAGAGCCAUCCCAUAUGUCAUUAUUCCCAUGGAACUAGGGAACCACCAGAUAGAGGUACAGGCUGCAAGUGCAACACUUCAUGAUGGAGUAAGGAAAACCCUGAAGGUAGUGUCUGAAGGUGUGCUAACUGAACUCCCAGAACAAAAUUUGGAACUAAAUCCCUCUCGAGUACCUGGUGGCAUUCAAGUUGUGCGUUUGAAGACUGACAUACCAAAUGGGCAGGUUCCAAACACUCCUGCACAAACUUACAUCACUGUGGCUGGUCAGGAGGUGAGUCAGACAAUCGAGCAGGCCAUCAGUGGAGACUUCAUGGGGCGUCUGAUUGUACAGCCCACUGGCUGUGGAGAGCAGAACAUGAUCUAUAUGACACUGCCCCUUACCGCCACACACUACCUAGACACCACCAAGCAGUGGGAGGGAGUUGGCCUGCAGCGACGUAGUGAGGCUGUCCAGCACAUCCAGACAGGAUAUGCACGAGAACUAACUUACCGUAAAGAUGAUGGUUCCUAUGCUGCAUAUUUACAGAGACCCAGCAGCACAUGGUUGACAGCAUACGUGGCCAAAGUCUUUGCUCUGGCCAGUGAUAUCAUUAGCAUAGAAGAAAAUGUUGUCUGCAGUGCCCUCAAGUGGUUGAUUCUGAAUGCACAGAUGCCAGAUGGCACAUUUAGAGAAAAUGCUCCAGUGCUUAGUGCAGGGAUGGUCGGUGAUGUACGGGGUAAGGAUGCUGAAGCGUCUCUGACAGCAUUCGUCCUGAUUGCCCUGCAAGAAGGAAGCCACAUCUGUGCCAAAUCAGUCGGAAGUCUUCCAGAGUCUUCCAGGAAGGCCAUUGCAUAUUUGGAAAGUAGGCUCCCCUCUUUGACCAAUCCGUAUGCAGUUGCGAUGUCUUCCUAUGCCUUGGCCAAUGCUGGCAAGUUUAACAGAGAUCGCCUGCUGCAGUCUUCCUCUGGAGAGGGUGCUUACUGGGAAGUUCCUGGAGGACAUCACUUCUCUCUAGAGGCAACAGCGUAUGCCCUGCUGGCUCUGGUAAAAGUAAAGGAGUUUGAUGCAGCAGGAAAAGCUGUUCAUUGGCUUAAUAGGCAGAGUAGUCCAUAUGGGAGUUAUGGCACCACCCAGGCAACCAUCAUGGUGUUCCAAGCUGUGGCUGAGUACUAUAAGCAAGUAAGGGAUUAUCAGAAUUUAGACUUGGAUGUGGAAGUGAGCGUGAGUGGACGAAGUCGCCCCAUCAAAUGGAAAUUCAGCAAGGACAAUGCACAUCUUACACGCUCUGACAAGGUUCAGCUCAAGCAACAGUUUAAUGUUACAGCUAAAGGAGCUGGUGCUGGAGUUCUCAAAGUAAUGACACUUUAUUAUGCUAGACCCGUAGAAAAGAAGAGUGACUGCACAAAGUAUGAUCUUACUGUUGAAAUGAAAAGAGAACAACAGGUAUCGUAUCCAGAAGCCGAAGAAAGUUACGAGGUCAUCAUUGACCUUCUUUUUAAGGAUCCAAACAGAGAUGCCACUAUGACUAUUUUGGAUAUCGGCUUGCUGACAGGAUUUGUGGUGGAUGAAAGUGAUCUUACAGAAUUAACCAGUGGGAGGGACAAAUACAUACAGAAGUUUGAGAUGGACAAGCAGCUUUCAGAACGAGGCUCCCUCAUCAUUUACUUAGAUAUGGUAUCACACACUGUGCCAGACAGGAUUGUUUUCAGAGUGCACAAGAUAACUAAUGUAGCUUUGCUUCAACCUGCUGGUGUCACUGUGUACGAGUACUACUCUCCAGGUGGGCGCUGUGUGAAGUUCUAUCAUCCUACAAAGAAAGAUGGAGCCCUGAACAGAUUGUGCAAUGACCAGGAGGGUCUGUGCCAGUGUGCUGAAGAAAAUUGCAGUAUACAGAAGAAACAGAAAAUUGAAGAGAAGGACCGGGAGAAAAAAGCUUGUGAAGCUGGCAUGGAUUACGUUUAUAAAGUCAAAGUAGUGAGACUGGACCAGAACCCAAACACAGAUUUCUAUGAAAUGAAGAUUGAAGAGGUCUUGAAAGAAGGUUCUGACCCAGAUGUACGUGAAAAACAAAGGAGCUUCAUGGGUCAUGCUAACUGCAGAGAGUCUUUUGGAUUUGAGGAAGGCAAGAGCUACCUCAUCAUGGGCCGAAGUGUUGACCUACCAAGGAUAGACGGAAAGCUGCAGUACAUCUUGGGCGAGCAGACAUGGAUUGAAUACUGGCCCACGAGGGAGGAAGGUCAAACUUCCCAAUACAGAGACAAAUACAUCGGCAUCACUUCACUGGCUCAAACUCUUACCGACUUUGGAUGCACUACAUAAACAUGGAUUUCUUACAACUUUCAAAAAUUCUCUUCUAUUGCUGUGAUGGUGAAUUUACUAUCCUCACUCACCUUAGCAAUUAUCCAUCCUAGCAUUAAUCCUAUAUAAAUUUACACCAAUUAAAGAGAACAUUGAAUACAAUGUUUCACCAUUUGUUGAAUUAGCUGUACAAUGUAUUGUACAUUCUUCAUAGCUGGCCAAUGUUUCUCUCUAAGUUUGUACAUAUGGUCUGGUUUGUAACUUUUACCACAAUGUGCUUUAUUAGUUUGAUCAAAGCCAGUAUUAAACUGAUAGUCAUGCACAGUCAUACUAGACAUAUAAACAGUUUGACUUUUUAAUCGCUUAUUUAAUUACAGAACUAACAGUCCUAACUAACAGGCAAAAUUUGUGAUUUGUGUUUACUAUGACAAUACACAAUUUGGAUCAGGAAAUUUCAGUGAAGCGUGGUAUUAAUUAUAUUAAUAUUAGUUCACACAUACACACACACACACACACACACACACAUUAGGGCACAAAUUAAACCCAGCCAGCCUUGCAAAUCUAAUGCAGAGAGAAAAAAACUACCAGACAAGGCUGUUUACAAAGGGUAAGCAGUGGCAAUAAUUAUUUUUUUAAAACAUGUAACCUAGAAUUACUGGGAAUAUAUGUGAGGCAGUCUGGUUUUUAUGCCAAGAAUAAACUUCAUUUUCUAACCUUG